AUGGCUUCCCAGCCGAGCUCCGGGCAGCCCCGGCCGCCGCCGCCGCCGCCGCCCGCGCGCCUGCUGCUGCCCGUGCUGCUGUCGCUGCUGCUGUCGUUGGCGCCUGGGGCCUGGGGCUGGGCACGGGGCGCCCCCCGGCCGCCGCCCAGCAGCCCGCCGCUCUCCAUCAUGGGCCUCAUGCCGCUCACCAAGGAGGUGGCCAAGGGCAGCAUCGGGCGCGGCGUGCUCCCCGCCGUGGAGCUAGCCAUCGAGCAGAUCCGCAACGAGUCACUUCUGCGCCCCUACUUCCUGGACCUGCGACUCUAUGACACCGAGUGUGACAACGCAAAGGGAUUGAAAGCCUUCUAUGAUGCAAUAAAGUAUGGGCCGAACCAUUUGAUGGUGUUUGGAGGCGUCUGUCCAUCUGUCACAUCGAUCAUCGCCGAGUCCCUCCAAGGCUGGAAUCUGGUGCAGCUUUCCUUCGCCGCCACCACGCCUGUUCUCGCGGAUAAGAAGAAGUACCCAUAUUUCUUCCGGACGGUGCCCUCUGACAACGCGGUGAACCCGGCCAUCCUGAAGCUGCUGAAGCACUUCCGGUGGCGGCGCGUGGGCACACUCACGCAGGACGUGCAGCGCUUCUCCGAGGUGAGGAACGACCUGACUGGGGUUCUGUACGGGGAGGACAUCGAGAUCUCAGACACAGAGAGCUUCUCCAAUGAUCCCUGCACCAGCGUCAAAAAGCUCAAGGGGAACGACGUGAGGAUCAUCCUCGGCCAGUUUGACCAGAACAUGGCAGCGAAAGUCUUCUGUUGUGCCUUCGAGGAGAGCAUGUUCGGCAGCAAGUACCAGUGGAUCAUCCCAGGCUGGUACGAGCCUGCGUGGUGGGAGCAGGUACACGUGGAGGCCAACUCCUCACGCUGCCUGCGCAGGAGCCUCCUGGCUGCCAUGGAGGGCUACAUCGGAGUGGACUUCGAGCCCCUGAGCUCCAAACAGAUCAAGACCAUCUCAGGGAAGACUCCACAGCAAUACGAAAGAGAAUACAACAGCAAGCGCUCAGGCGUGGGGCCCAGCAAGUUCCAUGGGUACGCCUACGAUGGCAUCUGGGUCAUCGCCAAGACUCUGCAGAGGGCCAUGGAGACACUGCAUGCCAGCAGCAGGCACCAGCGGAUCCAGGACUUCAACUACACAGACCACACGCUGGGCAGGAUCAUCCUCAACGCCAUGAAUGAAACCAACUUCUUCGGCGUCACGGGUCAAGUUGUGUUCCGGAACGGAGAGAGAAUGGGAACCAUUAAAUUUACUCAAUUUCAAGACAGUAGAGAGGUAAAGGUGGGCGAGUACAACGCAGUGGCUGACACCCUGGAGAUCAUCAAUGACACCAUCAGGUUCCAGGGGUCUGAGCCACCCAAGGACAAGACCAUCAUCCUGGAGCAGCUGCGAAAGAUCUCCCUCCCGCUCUACAGCAUCCUGUCAGCCCUCACCAUCCUCGGCAUGAUCAUGGCCAGCGCCUUUCUCUUCUUCAACAUCAAGAACCGGAACCAGAAGCUGAUCAAGAUGUCAAGUCCCUACAUGAACAAUCUCAUCAUCCUGGGCGGAAUGCUGUCCUACGCGUCCAUCUUCCUCUUCGGCCUCGACGGAUCCUUUGUCUCGGAAAAGACCUUCGAAACCCUCUGCACGGUCCGGACCUGGAUUCUCACCGUGGGCUACACAACCGCCUUUGGGGCCAUGUUUGCGAAGACCUGGAGGGUCCAUGCCAUCUUCAAAAAUGUGAAGAUGAAGAAGAAGAUCAUCAAAGACCAGAAGCUGCUUGUGAUUGUGGGGGGCAUGCUGCUGAUCGACCUGUGCAUCCUGAUCUGCUGGCAGGCUGUGGACCCCCUGCGGAGGACGGUGGAGAGGUACAGCAUGGAGCCGGACCCAGCAGGCCGGGACAUCUCCAUCCGCCCACUGCUGGAACACUGCGAAAACACCCACAUGACCAUCUGGCUCGGCAUCGUCUACGCCUACAAGGGGCUUCUCAUGUUGUUCGGUUGUUUCUUAGCGUGGGAAACACGCAAUGUAAGCAUCCCUGCCCUCAAUGACAGCAAGUACAUCGGGAUGAGCGUGUACAACGUGGGGAUCAUGUGCAUCAUCGGGGCUGCCGUCUCCUUCCUGACGCGGGACCAGCCCAACGUGCAGUUCUGCAUCGUGGCCCUGGUCAUCAUCUUCUGCAGCACAAUCACACUCUGCCUGGUGUUUGUGCCAAAGCUCAUCACUCUGAGGACAAACCCCGACGCAGCCACUCAGAACAGGAGAUUCCAGUUCACACAGAACCAGAAGAAAGAAGAUUCGAAGACCUCCACUUCAGUCACCAGCGUGAACCAGGCGAGCACGUCACGCCUAGAAGGACUGCAGUCAGAAAACCACCGCCUACGGAUGAAGAUCACAGAGCUGGACAAAGACUUGGAAGAAGUCACCAUGCAGCUACAAGACACACCAGAGAAGACCACAUACAUCAAACAGAAUCACUACCAAGAGCUCAACGAUAUCCUCAGCCUGGGCAACUUCACAGAGAGCACAGAUGGAGGAAAGGCCAUUUUAAAAAAUCACCUCGAUCAAAACCCCCAGCUACAGUGGAACACAACAGAGCCCUCUAGAACAUGCAAAGACCCCAUAGAAGACAUCAACUCCCCAGAGCACAUCCAGCGCCGGCUGUCCCUCCAGCUCCCGAUCCUCCACCACGCCUACCUCCCGUCCAUUGGAGGCGUGGACGCCAGCUGCGUCAGCCCCUGCGUCAGCCCUACCGCCAGUCCCCGCCACAGACAUGUGCCACCCUCCUUCCGAGUCAUGGUCUCUGGCCUGUAGGGGUGGGAGGCCUGGGGCCGGGGCCUCCCCGGGGACAGCACCAUGCUGGGUCAAGGCACCUGCCACUGGCACACUGAC